AUUACGGUUUCCGAAUCAUAACCUGUUCCUGUUAUAGAAUAGUUAUUGUGCUGUAAAUUUAUUGUUGACGUAGGUUGUAGGCGAGAUAAAAGAACCUUUAAAAAAAUGGUAAACUGAGCAAUACAAAACACAAAUAAAAAUGUUCUCUAAAGCAAUACUGUUGACGUGCGUGAUAUUAAAAUUAAGUGAAUCUCUAAGCGUCCCGACUGGCGAAGCCGAAUAUGAGAAGUUCCUGGAAAACCCUAGCUAUCUCAACUAUGACGAAUUGACUAACUUAUUUAAGAAAUUGGAAACGGAGCACCCGAAUCUCGUAAGGCUGCAUUCGAUAGGGAAAUCGGUGAAGAACAGGGACCUAUGGGCCAUAGAAAUAAACUCCAAUGUCCCCAACAGGACGUUGCUCACCCCCAUGUUCAAGUAUGUUGCCAAUAUGCACGGGGAUGAGAGCCUGGGUAGGCAGUUGAUGAUUUAUUUGGCGCAAUAUUUGGUCCGUAAUUACGGAAAAAUCGACAGGGUGACCAAGCUGGUCGACACAACCGAUAUUUUCCUAAUGCCCUCCAUGAAUCCAGAUGGAUACGAAAAUUCUGAGGAGGGGCGUUGCGAAUCAAAACAGCACUACGUGGGUAGAGAAAACGAGAAUGCUGUGGAUCUCAAUAGGGACUUCCCAGACCAGUUUGAAGUCGUAAGAGCGGGCACGAUUCUAUCUGGUCGACAGCCAGAGACCAUAGCUGUGAUGACAUGGAUCAUAUCAAGGCCGUUUGUUUUGUCUGGAAAUUUACACGGGGGUGCUGUUGUUGCUAGUUAUCCUUACGACGAUUCAUAUCCACCAAGAACAUGCUGCAGGGAAAGCAAAUCCCCCGACAACAACCUCUUCAAAUCGCUAGCUCUCCUAUAUGCAAAUUCUCAUUUGUUCAUGAAAAAAGGAAACGUCUGCAAAAACGACAACUUCAACCAGGGUAUCACCAACGGGGCCUUCUGGUACGAAGUCAGAGGGGGUAUGCAAGAUUUUAACUAUGUCCACUCCAACUGCUUCGAGGUGACCUUCGAACUGAGCUGUUGCAAGUUCCCGAAAGCCGAGACUUUACCCGACGAGUGGCGGAACAACAAGGAGUCUCUCCUGAGAUUCAUGGAAGCGACCCAGUGGGGCGUGAAGGGAACCGUCACUAACGAGAGGAACGAAGCUGUGUUGGACGCCGACGUAGUCGUCGCCGGUAUCGGCCACAACAUCACCACGUCCAACCGAGGGGAGUACUGGAGGCUGCUCUUGCCCGGGACUUACGAGAUAUACGCUACAGCUUGCGGUUAUUUGCCGUCCGAGCGGGUGAAGGUGGUUGUAGAAGAAGGGAAGACAACCGUGCAGAACUUUACCUUGAAACUGACUCCCCCCGAAAAAGGUGCCUUCCAAGCCGUUGUAAACGCUACGUCAGCUUUAUACGACCAGUACGGUUUUAUGAUCAGUAACAACUCGAUCUUCAAACACCAUCAUUACGAGGAAAUGGUGAAUUUCAUGAAAGAAUUCAGCAAUCAGUAUUCGAAAAUUACCAAACUGCAUUCUAUAGGGAAAUCCGUGCGGGGCAGGGAGCUGUACGUUUUAAUCAUAAGCAGUACCCCAGACAAACAUGUACCAGGAAAACCCGAGUUCAAAUAUGUGGCGAAUAUGCAUGGAAAUGAAAUCGUUGGUAGGGAACUAUUACUGUAUCUGAUUAAAUAUCUCUGUGAGAGAUACGGAACCGACGACAGAGUGACAAAAUUGCUAGAAACCACCAGAAUACACCUAUUACCCAGUAUGAACCCGGACGGUUAUGAAAUAUCAAAAGAAGGUGAUUCUUCCAGCGAACACGGAAGGAGUAACGCCAACGGUUUUGAUCUGAAUCGAAAUUUUCCUGACCAGUAUGGUACUAACCAGUACAACGAGGACAUCCAACCCGAGACGCAGGCGGUAAUGGACUGGAUCCUGUCUGAACCCUUCGUAUUGUCCGCUAAUUUACACAACGGUGCCCUUGUCGCGAACUACCCUUACGAUGACACACCCGACGGUAUAACCUACGAGAACCCCUCGCCCGAUAACGAAGUCUUCAAGUAUUUGGCACACAGUUACUCUGAUGCGCACAGAGUGAUGCACGAAGGCAAGCCCUGCCCGAUGUUCCCCGACGAACGUUUCCCCGGCGGCAUCACGAACGGGGCCAAGUGGUACGUCGUCACGGGCGGCAUGCAGGAUUGGAACUACCUCACGGCCGGGUGCAUGGAAAUAACUCUUGAGAUCGGUUGUUAUAAAUACCCCUACGCCCAAGCUUUGCCUCAGUACUGGUUAGACAACAAGGACGCUCUGAUAACGUACAUGGAACAGGUCCAUAAGGGCGUUUCUGGUUUCGUAACCAGUACGAUAGGUAAUCCGAUCAAACAUGCCCAAAUAGUCGUUGAAGGAAUCAAACAUCCCGUCAAUUCCGCCGAGAGCGGAGACUACUGGAGGAUACUUCUGCCCGGACGGUAUAAUUUAACCGUAGCUGCGAGGGGAUACGAGAGCUACACUUCAGAAAUCACUAUUCCGAAAUCUGGAUACUUGCAAUACAACAUCACCUUGAUGAAAGACGAUCCUUUACACUGGGCCAGCGCGUACGAUUUCGGCAAUGGAGAAAAUCAGUACAACCCGAAAUACCAUUCGGAUGAGGAAGUGUACGCACAAUUGGCCGAUUUUGAGAACAGAUAUCCGGGCGUCGCCAAAUUCGAAGGUGGCGACAACUAUGUUUCCAUGGCGAUACACUGGCUGGAGAUAAGCAAAGACGUCGAAGGGGACGACGAGCCCAAGUUCCACGUUGCCGUAAUGGGCAACCUCUUCGCGACGCAGCCCAUCGGCAGAGAAAUAUCUCUGUACCUAGCCCGUCACUUGCUCACCGGAUACGUCAUCGGAGACUUUACGAUAGUAAAAAUUUUAAGCAACACGGUGAUCCACAUAAUCCCGGUCAUAGAUCGGGCUUUCGAGAAAAUAUGGGGUAACUACGACAGAGAGCAGUCGGGCAACGUCAAACCCGAUAAAUACAUAUGUAACAACAUUACCGCGGAUUUCAAACAGGUCGGGGACCAGAUCAUGAACCUGAAUAGCAGGGUUAGCAAUAACCAGGAGACGAAAACUGUCGCCAAUGCCUUUAAGCAUUUGUUGCUGGAAGAAAAGUACGAUUUGGUGCUGAACAUCGAAGGCGGGACCAGUGGACUAAUAUACCCUUCAGACAAAGGCCCAAUCCAACUAUACAAAGGCAUAGCCGACAGGUAUACAUCAGCUCUGAAGAUACCCCAAACGUGUACAGAGCAAACUAAAGGUACCACUAACAUUCUAACCGAUUACCUGUACCGAGAAUACAGCACUCCGUUACUGACGGCAAAAGUCAGCUGUUGUGAGUACCCCGAUAUAGGUAACAUUCCCUACAUAUGGAGAGAUGUCCUCGGUCCUAUCAUGAGCGUGCUCAACAGUACUUUAACAGGCUUGGAAGGAAAUGUCCGCGAUGGAAAAUUAAGCCCUCUGCUAAACGCCACCGUGAAAAUAGCGGGCUCCGAUCAAGUUAUCGAAGUGACCAAGAAAACAGCCCAUUUCAAGAUUAUGUUGCCACCCGGCAAAUACGAAUUAGAAGUAGCUUGCCACGGAUACGAGAGUUUAUCCAAACAGAUCGUUGUCACUGACGGCAGCAUAACGCUUACGAAAAUCACAUUGUAUGAGAAAAGUUCGGGUACUGUGACUCCAGCUCCAGAGGUAUAUCAAGGAACUAUCAUACAGAACGGAUCGGACAAAGUGGUUAUAACUGAUUCCACGAUGCACGAACCGUUUCACGGUGUCGUCAGUACCGGCAUAAAAGGUUACGUGAAGGAUUAUUCAGAUCACCCUGUACUGAAUGCGCAAAUAAAGGUCGUAGAAAAGAAUCUGACCAUCUUCGCCGACAAGAACGGUAAAUACGGUAUUCCCCUAUCGCCUGGAAAAUAUACGCUCAAGAUUGACGGGGAAGGGUACUUCCCCGACGUUAAAAUCGUCGAUGUUAACGAUAUCAACGAGUUCCCCAAAGUGGUGGUUGUGACACUGAAGAAAAAUUCGAACGUACUUGGAAUGCCUAGACUAGCUUUCGUGAUACUGACGGGCCUUCUUUGUGCUGGCGCCCUGGGUUUCGGCAUAUUCUGCUACAUGGCUUGCAAGAAGAAGAACGAGUACGGACUUCUCUCCCAGAACAUUAAGUUCUACGAAGAAUUCCGGGACGUGGAUAAGGACGAGGAGAAGGAACUGUUUUCCAGAUCCACAGAAAGUAAGCCGAUGGUGACACGGCCCUACUAUGAUGAUGACGACGACGAUGACGAUGACAACGCUGAUUUCGUACAGGCCACUUACAUCUCCAGUUCCGAGGAAGAGGAUAAUGUUCUGUUGAGGAAGUAGUUGAAUCUUUGAGAAAACGGUGACGUUUUCAACGGUUUUCUCGCUUUUAAUUGUGACGUUUUAAGUUAUUUUUUAAUGAUGUAUAUAUUUAGAUUUUAACAUUCCGCUAGGUGCUGCUCUUCCGACAACAUUUCUUGUAAUAUAGUUUUUUCUGUUUUGUGUGACAACAGAAGGACAGUCUUUAAACAGACUCUAAAUAUAAAGGGGUUAACAGGAUUUCUGAAUAUUUUGGAAAUUUCGACAUUGCUUGCCAAUUUCUUUUGUGUUUUUACAGAUUCUUUUACUAUGUUGCUUCAACACCUUUUCGUUAGGACAUUGUUUUUUUUAAGGAACGUAUCUUAAAGUUUAUUUUUCUGGAUGGUAUUAUAAUUUUAGCUUUAAAUGUAUUUUGUAGACGAUGAAUCUAAAGGAUUUUUAAAAAUUUUUCUAAAUACUUAGUGUAUUUACCCCAAGUACAGCUUUUUAGAUGCAUUUAUCAAGUUUUAAAUGAUGUUUUUUACAACUUUUAAAAAGAAUAAUAACUAUUUUAUAAAUGGAUGUAUUUCAUGUUUUUUAUCUCCAAUUGGUAUAAAUUUUAUAAAAAUUGAA